AUGGGCAAACAGAACAGCAAGCUGCGGCCCGAGGUGCUGCAGGACCUGCGCGAGAACACGGAGUUCACCGACCACGAGCUGCAGGAGUGGUACAAGGGCUUCCUCAAGGACUGCCCCACCGGCCACCUGACCGUGGACGAGUUCAAGAAGAUCUACGCCAACUUCUUCCCCUACGGCGACGCCUCCAAGUUCGCCGAGCACGUCUUCCGCACCUUCGACACCAACGGGGACGGCACCAUCGACUUCCGGGAGUUCAUCAUCGCGCUGAGCGUCACCUCGCGGGGCAAGCUGGAGCAGAAGCUCAGGUGGGCCUUCAGCAUGUACGACCUGGACGGCAACGGCUACAUCAGCCGCGGCGAGAUGCUGGAGAUCGUGCAGGCUAUCUACAAGAUGGUGUCCUCUGUGAUGAAAAUGCCCGAGGACGAGUCCACCCCGGAGAAACGAACGGACAAGAUCUUCCGGCAGAUGGACACCAACAAUGACGGCAAACUGUCCCUGGAAGAGUUCAUUAAAGGUGCCAAGAGCGACCCCUCCAUCGUCCGCUUGUUACAGUGUGACCCCAGCAGCGCCAGUCAGUUCUGAGGGACCCGGCGUCCGGAAGGUUGCAGAGAAACACAGGCUCUGCCUCGCCGUUUCAGCUUUGCUUGCAAAAGUGGAUGCCUCUCCUCCACCGCUCCUGCUCUCCCGGCCGGGGCCCCGGGCGACACGCGGCACCUGCCCGGCCUGGCGGCUGCGCCUCCCCCCUCCCCCCGGCCUCCUCCUGCCCCGGCCCGGCCCCCAGGGCGCCGCCCGGGCAGGUGUUUACACGCGGGGCUCAUAGGUCUCGAUUCCGGGGUGCCUCCCCGCCCCGGGGAGCCCAGGGCACGCGGCUGAGGACACUGAUGGGACUUCCCAAGAUGGAGACAAGGCGGGCUCAUCCAUCUCGCGAUCGCGGGUGACCGUGGGAAAGCCGGGGACAAGAACGGAGGGAGAGGAGACGGGCAAGCCCUCCCCCGUGCAUGGCUCCACCUCGCUCGUCCGUGGCCUCCGAUCAGAGCUGCUCGCACGUACGCAUACUAUGGCCUCCUUUCUUUUGAUAUAUAAAUUAUGCCCAUGGUGAGGUGCAAUGUCCCGUGUAGGUCCCGUAUUUCAUGCCUCCGUUGCCUGUGAAGCGUGGUUCCCUCGUGGCCUGUGAUCUCCCCUCCCGCCCCCCGCCCCCGGCCCCGAACCUGGUUAUCUUGUGGUAUUUAUGCGCUCUCCAUCCGCCCCGUGUCAAAGGAAAUGCAUGCGUGCCCCGUGCCGUGGAGACCCUCCCGUCCACGUAGUGAACACAGGCGUCUGUGCAAGGGCUGUCCUCCCGUUGAUUGGUCUGGCAUUUCCUGUAUUAAAAUGAUCAAAUAAACGGAA